AUGGUCGUAUCCGACAACGAGCAAUUCCGUGUCGCCUUACGCGGCGAAGCCAUCCUCACCCAUCCGAGAUGGAACAAGGGGACUGCCUUCACUCGCAAAGAGCGCAAGGCCCUUGGGCUCACUGGACGCCUUCCUGACCGCGUCAACUCUCUCGACGAGCAGUGUGACAGAGCCUACGACCAGUAUCUGUCCCGCGAUGCGCCCCUCAGAAAGAACACGUUCCUGCAGAGCAUGCGCGACCAGAACUGGGUGCUGUACUAUUCGUUAAUCUCGAGGCAUCUGAGGGAGAUGAUACCGAUUAUCUAUACCCCGACCGAGGCCGAAGCAAUCUCGAAUUACUCUCACCUGUUUCGCAGGAGCGAGGGUCUCUACCUCACCUUUUCGCACCAAGACUCCAUGGAAGAAGACUUCCUGGAGCAGACAAGAGGACGUCAUAUUGACUUGGUCGUUUGUUCUGAUGCCGAAGCGAUCUUGGGCAUUGGCGAUCAGGGUGUCGGGGGCAUAGGCAUCUCGACUGCGAAAGCGGCUAUAUACACCUUACUCGCAGGCAUGGAUCCUUCCAAGACCCUAAGCGUGACACUGGAUGUCGGGACGGACAAUAAGGACCUGCUCAACGAUCGUCUGUACGUUGGAUGGCCCCACAACCGCGUCCGUGGAGAGGAGUAUGACAAAUUCCUUGACAAAUUCGUACAGCUAGUCCGCAAGUAUCAUCCCCAUAGCCUGCUCCAUUUCGAGGACUUCGGCGUGUCCAAUGCGGAGAGGCUGCUCGACAUCUACCGUGACCAACACGCAGUCUUUAACGAUGACGUCCAAGGGACUGGAGCGGUGACGCUCGCAUGUGUCAUGUCUGCCGCCGGCGUGACCAAGUCCACUCUGGCCGACCAGCGGAUCGUCAUUUACGGUGCAGGCACCGCGGGGCUGGGUAUCGCGCGGCAGCUGCGGGACGGCAUGGUCACGCUCGACGAUCUCCCCCGCGAGGAGGCAAACAAGCGCUUCUAUCUGCUCGACCGCUUCGGGCUGAUCAAGGACUCCCUCGGGCCGGACAAGAUUCGCGAGGACCUGCGGGAGUUCGUCCGGGCAGAUGCGGAGUGGGAGGACGUCCCCACGAACGUGCGGGGCGAGAUCGGCUUGCUGGAGGUGGUGCGCAAGCUCAGGCCGACGGUGCUCAUUGGGUGCUCCACACAAGCAGGAGCUUUUACGGAGGAAGUCGUGAAGGAGAUGGCGAAGGGCACCGAGAGGCCGAUCAUUCUCCCGCUUUCGAACCCGAGCAGGCUGCAUGAGGUCACGCCGCAGCAGGCGAACGACUGGACGAACGGGAAGGCGCUGCUGGCGACGGGGAGCCCGUUCCCUCCGUGCAAGAUGCCGAAUGGGAAGGACUACGUCAUCGCAGAGUGCAAUAAUGCACUAAUAUAUCCAGGCCUGGGAUUCGGGGCUAUGCUUGCGCAAUCCCGCACACUCACGGACACGAUGAUCAUCGCGGGCACCCGGCGACUCGCGUCCCUCGCCCCUGCUUUGAAAGACCCCGACGACGCGUUGCUUCCUGACUUCGGCGAUGCGCCCGAGGUAAACUUUGAAGUUGCUAUAGCGGUAGCCGAGCAAGCAAUCGAAGAGGGCAGUGCAGGUGUGGAUUGGAAGAAAGAGGAGGUGCGCGACAAGGUGAGGGAAAGGCAGUGGAAGCCAAUCUAUGGCGAGUAUGUCUACGACCCGCAAGGCGAUUCCUGA